CACGGCGCCUUGAGAAUGCGGCUGGAUCGCAGUCCUCCGCCCACGUUUUUGAAAUGACCAGGCACCAAGAACCCUAAUAACGGAAAUAAACGCGUCUUCGAAAGCUAGGGUUAUUUGGGGCAAGGCGUAGAUCUGCUAGAUCCAGGAGGAGGCGAUGAUGGCGAGCAGUGUGGCAACGCAGCAGCAGAGCUUGGCGCCGACGCCAGCGGCUCGGGCUUUCCUCUCCCGUCUCUCCGAUGGUAUGAAGAUGGCGGUUGCGCAGCGCAGGCCGUGGAAGGAGCUUGUAGAUCGCAACUCGCUGGCCAAGCCCGAGUCCCUCUCCGACGCCCUGGGCCGGAUCCGCAAGAACAUCGGCUACUUCAAGAUCAAUUACAUCUUGGUCGUGCUGGGCUGCAUCGCGGCGAGCCUGGUCUAUCAUCCUCUCUCGCUC